AUGACUGAUUUUAGCUCUUUUUACUGCUGCUAUUUGUUGCAGUCAAUUAAUAAGAGACAGUCAUUUUAUAUUGGGUCCACUCCAAAUCCCGCUCGAAGAUUAAGACAGCAUAAUGGUGAUCUGACAAACGGUGGAGCUUAUAGAACGAAGAAAUUGGGGGCUAGGCCCUGGGAAAUGGUUGCUAUUGUGUAUGGAUUUCCAAAUAACAUUGCUGCACUCCAGUUUGAACAUGCAUGGCAACAUGGGUAUAAGACCCGGUUUAUUUCGACUGAUGAUAGGGUGGUUAAGAAUAAAAAUGGUGGGAGAUCACCGCAUCACAAGCUAGCAAAUGUCAAAUUGCUGUUGAAACACUCAUUUUUCAAAUUUAUGAAUUUGAAGAUACAUUUCUAUAGCAAUGUUGUCAAGGAAAUUUGGGACUGCAAUAAAUUUCAUAUUGAGUCAAUAGAUUGUGAGACUGAUAAGUUGACAUGUUCACAGCCAAUACUUUCAAAAAACGACUUCAAAGACCUUAGUGUCGACGCUAUGCUGGAAUACGCUGAUAAACAUCAAAGUUUAAUACAAGAGCAUUAUAAUAGUUUCAUACAACAGGAUGAAGAUUAUUUGGAGCGAUAUGAAGAGAUGCUCAAAUUUGGCGAGAUGUCAUGCUUUAUAUGUCAUGAUAAAUUUGAUUACACAUCAGACGAUAAGUUACUGAAGCCAUUCAUAGCAUUGUGCACAAAUGAAAUGUGCAAAUCCAUAUGUCACUUAUCAUGUUUAUAUAAUUUUUUUCUUGAUCAAGAAACAGAGAAGGAUGGCAGACUGCAUCUAAUACCUACGUCUGGAAAAUGUCCGAACUGUUCUACCGUUUUGCCAUGGACAAUUGUUGUUAAAUAUUCCUCACUUUUGAAUUCAUUAUAUAGUUAA